AUGGUCGUUGAAUCCUCCGACAAACAAACCGAAUCCUGGUCCGAGGACCCUGAGAAUAUUUCCGAUUCUAAGGAUGCGCUUGCUGCAGCUGGAUUUGAGGAUCCCGACGCAGGAUUGAGCGACGAAGAAAGAGCGGCGAUUGAUCGUAGACUACUAUGGCAACUCGAUAUCCGCCUCGUGCCAUGGCUCAGUCUACUGUAUCUCGUCUCGUUCCUUGACCGGACAAAUAUCGGCAACGCAAAGCUCGUCGGUCUAAAAACAGAUCUAAAUAUGACGAAUGCCCAAUACAAUGCAGCACUGACUAUAUUUUUCGUCUCGUACUCGGUCUUCGAGCCCGCGACCAACGUCCUGUUAAAGCGGAUGCGGCCGAGCGUAUUUAUCCCACUCAUUAUGAUGGCAUGGGGAAUUUGCAUGACCUUCAUGGGCUUCGUAAAGAACUACCACGGGCUGAUGGCAGUCCGCUGGUUCCUAGGCCUAUCGGAAGCCGGUCUAUUCCCAGGAGUGGGCUAUUUCCUCUCAUGCUGGUAUAAGCGCUCAGAAUUCGGCGUACGAAUGGCGAUUUUCUUCUCGGCGGCGGCGCUCGCAGGUUCAUUUGGUGGUCUGCUAGCAGCAGCGAUUGCGAAGAUGGACGGCGUGGCCGGCAAGCCAGGCUGGUCGUGGAUUUUCAUCCUGGAAGGCCUUCUUACGUUCUUCAUUGGUAUUGCCUCAUUUUGGUGUGUCUAUGACUUCCCCGAUCAGGCGCGGUUCUUGUCGGAUCCCGAUCGCAAGCGCGUGCUCAGGCGACUCGCUAUGGAUCAGCAGUCGAGUGCUGAGCAUGAGGAGUUCAAGAUGGAGUACUUCUGGUCGAGUCUGAAGGAUUGGAAGACUUAUACUGGGGCUGUGAUUUAUAUGGGGGCUGAUGGGUCGCUUUAUGCGUUCUCGCUUUUCGUGCCUACUAUUAUCAAUGAAUUAGGUGAAUAUUAA